CAUAUUCUUCAAGCUUGAAGAACGAAUCCUCGACUCUUCCAUUCUUCCUUCCUCCACAUCCCUACCCGUCUGCGACCAUCCCUACCACCCCUACCACCACACCCACCCCUCCCCAUCGAUCCGUCUACACAGCAUAGCAUUGCAUCUCUCCUGCUCGACUGGUGACUACGCGCGUGGCUCAAUCAACAUAACGUCUAGCCCAAGCACCCACCGCUUGUCGCGUCAUCGCAACAACCACCGUCUGCAAUCAUCGCCGCGCACCGCAGCCGCCUCCGACAAACAAGCCAACAACGACCGUCCACAUAGCCUUGGGACGGUACCAUCCUCAUACGUAGGAUGGAUUCCGCAGCCAUUGACUCUCCACACUCCUCGCCAUCGCCACAACCGCAACCUCCAAAGUUUGCGCGCGCCCCUUCCCCGACCUCCGUCGCGUCUUCGACGAGCUCGCGAAAAAGAUCGUACGACGAGAUGAGUGAUGCCGACGAAGUAGACUGCGUUCCCGAACGCGCGCCGAUACGUCGGCGGACUGGAUUCUGGGGACGAGCAGUGGACGGUUUAAGCUGGAUAUUCAGCUUUGUUUCUCUUGGCCGGCCAACAAGUACCACGGCCGCACCGGACGAUGGCGAUGACGACCAGUCGGCAGAAUCAGAGUAUAAAACAGCUACAGGGGACGAGGCAGCUGUAAAGGACGGGGCGGUUACAGAGGGGAAGGAGGGCGUCUUAGAAGGCCAAGCGAAGCAUAAAGAUACCAUCGAAACUGCCACUCAGCGUGCAACAGGUGGCAAUGAUAGCGGUGCCGCAUCACAGGUCAAUACCGAGCGACUAAAGAUCGGGAUCCCCGGACCCGAUGAGAUAUCAAUAAAGAAACUACCUGCGCACCAUCAGUUGCCGUCGCCGCUUGCCUCCGAGGAUGAAACGCCUGUGCGAAAGGUGGUGGCGCAUACACCUUUGCUCUCAAAGAAACUCACACAGAUGUCAAGGGUCGAACAUGAUGGUGUGACUACGUUUCUGUUCGGACAGGCCGAGAAGCCCUUCAAUCCCAAGAGGCGGCCACGGAAGAAUGCCAGUCAGAUAUAUGAAAGCGCUCUCAUCCGCCGAGAAGAAGCUGAGGACAUUAAGACAACUAUACGGGGGAAUCGACAGCAAGCAUUUCAGACUGGAACUCCUGGGAGAAGCCAGAUACGAAAACCCACUAUGGGAAUACCGCUUUCGACGCCCCAUUCCACGCCCCGGCGCCCGUCGGACAGGCUUGGAUCUCGAGUAAAGAAGCCUGAGAAGAAGAAGGAAGCUAGAACUAUCAGAGCGAUUGAGCGAGCGAGAGACGCAGGUAGCGCAAUAGAGGAGAUCCUCGGAGCAACUAUCGGUAAAUUGCAAACGGAAACCAAUGGCUUCCAAACGUUGGACGCUGCUCGGGUUAGACAGCAGGAGAUAGAUGCCGAGGUGGAACGGAUACGUGCAGAGGAGGAACAAAAACGUGCAGAGGCAGAGUUGGCAAGGAUAGAAGAAAAGAGAAGGGCGCAGCGGGAGGUUAUAAGGCCUCUACGCGGUAAAGAACUGGAGGAAGUCGGCAAAUUAGUCGUUAGGAUUAGAGCGGAUGCCCUGGCGAAAAAGGAAGUUGUCUACAAGCAGGUGUGCUUCAUGGACCCGCGCGAAUUCAUCGGAAUCACCACUACCGCUCUUUGGAGAGUGGUUUCAAACAACUUUCAAGGUUGGCUGAAUGACGACGCAAUUAACCAUUACUGCAGACUUGUCUUCGAACGGGAAAAGCCUAGAGUCAUGACCUUUACCCAUUGGUUUUUCAACUCGUUGAGAGAACCAAACGGCUACCUAAGGGUCCAAAACUUCGCGACGAAACGGGGUUGCGGGGGGAUGAAGCUUCUGGAGUGCUCGUUAAUCAUUUUCCCCAUGAUCGAAAAUAAUAAUCAUUGGACCCUGGCGGCCAUUAAUCCACCAGCCAAACGGUUCGAAUACUACGAUUCUAUGCGGCGACGCCAUGGUGUUAACGCACCUUUCAAUGUUCUGCGGUAUUAUCUCCACAACGAAACUCGGGGACAGGUCAACCUGGACGAAUGGGAGAAUUACGAGAUGCCCGACUAUCCGCAGCAGGCCAACACCAACGACUGCGGCGUCUUCGUGUUGAAGACCAUGGAGGUCAUCUCGCGGGGUGGGAUCCCAAAUUACCCUAGCCAGGAUAUCCAUCACGCGCGAGUUCGAAUACUGUGGGAGCUGCGGAACUUAGAGUUGUUGCCCCUCGACUACGGCAAGGCGGAAGAUGAUGCCAAGAAGAAAAAAGUAGGACAGUGAGAUACGGGCUGUGUUGGUUUGCAAUAUUAUUUUGGCUUUUCACUUCGUUUGGUAUUGGUUUUUACUGGCGCAAUUUCACCCUUAUUCUUUUUUUUUCUUCUGACCAUCUCCUUCCUACUCUAUGAUACGUAUUUUUUUCUUUUCUUUUCUUUUCUUUCUGACUCCUUUGGAAGGCGUUUCGGUCGGCGUGUUUGUUUGUUUGUUUGCGGGGCUACUAUAUGCUUUGCCAAAGCUUUGGCUGCUUUUUUUUCUGUAUUGACUAAAUACCUGUUGCUCUUUCUUUUAUCUCUAUCUACCUAUCCAAAGGGUUCAGGUGGGUUGUAUUUCUAUGUUCUACAGUUAUUAGUUCUCGAUAUAUGUACAAUCUGGUGGGUGGGCCGUGGGGCA